ACUGUGUGAUUGGUCACUGUGUUUGCGUGCAGCGCGUAGAAACCGACAACAGACAUGGCGGAUGACCAUACUGAUGCUGAACAAAGCCUGGAAGGGCAUACACCAGUUGCAGAUAACCCACAUGCAGAAUAUGGUCUUACAGAAAAUGCACAGAGAAUAGUUGAAAAUGAGAAGACAAGUGCAGAAAAGGUCUCGAAACAGAAAGUGGAUCUCCAGUCCCUUCCCACGCGUGCAUACCUGGACCAGACUGUUGUGCCCAUUCUUCUACAAGGACUCUCUGUGUUGUCAAAAGAAAGACCUCCAAAUCCCAUCGAAUAUCUAGCAGCAUAUCUGCUGAAGAACAAGUCACAGUUUGAGGAUCGAAAUUAGUACCCUGGAGUGGACAUACACUGAUGCAUCACCAAGAAGAUCUGUAAUUCACAAAUGUCUUUUUUUCUUUUCUUGAAAUACUCAUAUCUGGAUUGCUACAAAUAACGUUGUUUUUGUUUAGUUUUUUUCAUUGCAGAAUAAAGUGCAAUUGAAUUUAA